GAACUCGUUUCAAUUCAAAUCUGGAGAACACAGAGUGAGAAACCUCAUCAUCACUGAAUCGCUCUCUCUCUCUCUCUCUCUCUCUCUCUAUCGUUCUUCUAGGUUCCCAGAUCUGCUCGUCCUCAAUCUGCGGGUGCUCAAUCGCCGACGACUUCAAAACCCUAACAUCGCACGCGCCCCCUUCCAAAUGCCAACACUCGUCGAAACCUAAAGGCUUCUCCUUUACAAUCAAAACGGUUCAUAGAAAUGCAGAGCGUAUCUAGCUCAGCUCCAACGCCAGAAGCCAUACUAGAAUGGCUCCAGAAGGAAAUGGGUUACCGGAGCAAGUCCCAUGUGCCUUCCGUUGAUGCAAUUAGGAAGGUUUGUAGAGGGAACAUGAUUCCCGUUUGGAGUUUUCUGAUGAACCGAGCCAAGUCUGAGAAGACUGUUGAGAGCAUUAGGCGUAACAUCACGGUUCAUGGUGGUGGGAGUGAUGCUAAUCCGGUUAAGGAGGAGAGUAAGGUUAAAGGGAAGAGGAAAGAGAAGGCCUUUGGUGGGGAGAGUUUGAGUUCUGCGGAGAGUAGAGAGGCUGCGUUGUGUGAAAGAGAGGCGGCUGCUAAAGAGGUUGAGAGGUUGAGGAACGUUGUGAGGAGGCAGAGAAAGGAUCUUAAAGCUCGAAUGCUUGAGGUUUCGAGGGAGGAAGCUGAAAGGAAGAGGAUGCUUGAUGAGAGGGCUAGUUACAGGCAUAAGCAAGUAAUGUUGGAAGCUUAUGAUCAGCAAUGUGACGAAGCAGCGAGGAUAUUCGCAGAGUAUCACAAAAGGCUGCAAGUGUACGUUAAUCAAGCGAGGAAUGCACAGAGGUCGAGUUUGGAUUCUUUGAGUGAUUUGUCGAGUAAAGUCAGCACUAACAGCGAGAGGGAAGCUGUUUAUUCCUCUGUGAGAGGAAGUAAGUCGGCGGAUGAUGUCAUUCUCGUUGAAACAGCCCGGGAACGGAGUAUCAGGAGAGCUUGUGAGUCACUUGCGUCGCACAUGGUUGACAGAAUAUGUAACUCUUUCCCUGCUUACGAAGGAAACGGGAUUCAUUCGCAUCCUGAGGUGGAAACUGCCAAGCUGAGUUUUGAAUAUGAUGGAGAAAUAUCUGAUGAGAUGAGAGGUGUUAUAAUGAACUGCCUGAGUAGCCCUCCUCUACUCCUUCAGGCUAUUGCUGCACACACCCUACGCCUUAAGACCCUAAUAUCCAAGGAGAUAGAGAGGGUUGAUAUCAGAGCUGAUGCCGAAACAUUGAGGUAUAAGUACGAAAACAACCGUGUGAUGGAGAUUUCUUCUUCUGAUGUAAGCUCGCCAUUAAGUUAUCAGUUUAAUGGUAAUGGGAAGAUACCCACAGAUACUAAUUCCAAAGGAUCAAACAACCAGCUCCUUGAACGGCAGAAAGCACAUGUGCAACAAUUUUUGGGAACUGAAGAUGCGCUAAACAAGGCCGCAGAAGCUCGGGUUUUAUGUCAGAAACUUAAAAACCGUUUGCAUGGAAGUGCUGACGCAGUUUCUUCACAUUCAGUUGUUGGUGGAGGCACGUCACAGAAUGUUAAAAAUCUUAGGCAAUUGGAGUUGGACGUAUGGGGAAAGGAACGAGAAGCUGCUGGGUUGAGGGCUAGCUUAAAUACAUUGAUAUCUGAAAUACAACGACUGAAUAAAUUAUCCGCUGAAAGAAAAGAAGCUGAACAUUCCUUAAAACAAAAGUGGAAGAAAAUUGAAGAAUUCGAUGCUCGCAGAUCCGAACUUGAAACCAUAUAUACCACUCUUCUCAAGGCCAACAUGGAUGCUGCUGCAUUCUGGAGUCAGCAGCCACUAGCUGCAAGGGAAUACGCAAUGACCACUAUAAUUCCAGCUAGUGAAAUUGUUGCUGACAUUUCAAAGAACGCUAAAGAUUUUAUUGAGAAAGAAGUGACUGCUUUCUUCCAGAGUCCUGAUAACACCCUCUAUAUGCUUCCAGCAACUCCACAGGCUCUUCUGGAGUCUAUGGGAGCUAAUGGGUCAACAGGACCUGAAGCUGUUGCGGCAGCAGAGAAGAAUGCUGCUUUGUUGACUGCAAGAGCUGGUGCUAGAGAUCCAUCCGCAAUUCCUUCUAUAUGCCGCAUUUCCGCUGCCCUGCAAUAUCCUACGGGUUUGGAGGGUUCUGAUGCAAGUUUGGCAUCAGUAUUAGAGUCUCUUGAGUUCUGCUUGAGGCUCCGUGGCUCCGAGGCAUGUGUGUUGGAAGAUUUAGCAAAGGCAAUCAACUUGGUGGAUAUACGUCAGGAUUUAGUUGAAAGUGGUCGAUCUCUGUUAAGCCAUGCUUACCAUGCCCAGCAAGAAUAUGAAAGGACAACCAAGCAUUGCUUAGAUCUUGCCACAGAACAAGAUAAUACAAUAACAGAGAAAUGGUUGCCUGAGCUCAAGACUGCGGUCUUGAAUGCUCAAGCUUCCUUGGAGCACUGCAAACACGUGUGGGGUUUGCUGGAAGAAUGGUACGAACAACCUGCUGCAACUGUUGUGGACUGGGUCACGGUAGACGGGCAAAACGUUGCGGCCUGGCAUAACCAUGUGAAAUCAUCCAUUGCCUUUUACGAUAAGGAUGAAGAUAUAUAUCUAUUUGAAGGUUGCUCCGUGCAAGACAAAAACGAGAGGGUAUUUAGCAGAAGUCUCUUUGAAACAUUCGUUCCCAGACUUCACAAAGAUUUCACCAAAGGUCUUGCUUUCUGUUCCCAGCAUUGGUUUGCAAAGGGCCUCGCUUUGUAUUUUGCGGGUUUGGUUAUUGUUUUUACGCUUGCUGAUUUUGUAUUUGUAUCACAGAGUUUCUUGAGAUUGUUUGAUUCCGUACUAAGUGUUGAGUAUCUUGUGUUACAAGGAGUUUUUAAUGACAGAUUCAGUUCUCUAUCUUUACUCAUGCACACACUUGGAUUAUUACACGGUGAUGGGCCUGAUGGCAAUGGUACAAACACAGGUCUAUACAAACCUAUUGGAACCAAAAAUCUAUCAUUCAAAGAAAAAGUUGAAACCAUUCAUCUUGUUGCCUCUGAGUUUGAGAUCAUGUUCCAUAGAACUAUGUUCAUAAAAAUCACUUAAACACACACUGAACUAUUGUAAAAUUGUAUCACCAAAAAGAUGUCUCUUCUAAUACACAAACCUAAUGACCAGGCUAUAAACUAAUUUUGAGAAAAGAUGAAAAUAUUGCAACCCAAGAAGUGAGCUCUCCUAGUUAGAUCUACUUGGUACUUAGGACGUGCUCGUUGUCUACAUAAUAAGCUAUUGCAUUUUCAAUCAAAAAAAA